UCCUCCAGCUCCCCUCCCGGAUCCUCCAGCUCCCCUCCCGGAUCCUCCAGCUCCCCUCCCGGAUCCUCCAGCUCCCCUCCCGGAUCCUCCAGCCCGCUCCCGCCAUCCUCCAGCUCCCCUCCCUACAGCCUCCAGCCCGCUCCCGGAUCCUCCAGCCCCCCUCCCGCCAUCCUCCAGCCCCCCUCCCGCCAUCCUCCAGCUCCCCUCCCGGAUCCUCCAGCUCCCCUCCCGGAUCCUCCAGCUCCCCUCCCGGAUCCUCCAGCCCGCUCCCGCCAUCCUCCAGCUCCCCUCCCGCCAUCCUCCAGCUCCCCUCCCGGAUCCUCCAGCCCGCUCCCGCCUGCCCGCGCCUCCUUCCGCCGCCGCGCUCCCUGAGGCCGCCCAUGGCCGGACCCUGCCCGGCGCGGCUGCAGGGCGACGUGGCCGCCUUCACCGCCGCCCUGCGCAGCCUGGUCAACAACCCCCAGUUCAGCGAUGUGAUGUUCGUGGUGGGCCAGGAGCAGCGGAAGGUGUUUGCUCACCGCUGUGUGCUGGCGUGCCGCUGUCAGGCAUUCCGUGGGAUGCUCAGCCAGGCACCGGUGGGCAGCCAGGACUCCUCCAGCAGCGUCCCACCCCAGGGGCCCUUCAUCCUGGGCAACGUGCAACCUGAGGUCUUCCUGGCCGUCAUUGAGUUCCUCUACACCAACAGUGUCACGCUCAACAGCCACAUAGCACUGGAGGUGCUGACCUCAUCGGUGGAGUACGGCUUGCAGGACCUGUGCAAGGUCUCUCCAGUGGGAUCCCCCUUGAAGCGGUGCAGCAGCAGCUGGGAAUCCCACAGGGAAAUCCCGAGAAGCCAUGGGGAAAGACAUGGAGUUUCACAUCUCCUACACGGCAAAGCUCUGUGUCAAGUUCAUCAAGGACACACUGAGUGUGGAGCAGGUCUGCGAGGCCCUGCAGGCUGCAGUGACCUAUGGGCAGUUGGACCUCCAGCAGCACUGCCUGGCCUUCAUCGAGGGCUGCACCGCGUGGUGCGGACGCAGGGCUUCCGCGAGCUCUCCGACGUGGUGCUGGCACGGGUGCUGCGCAGUGACCGCCUGGCCGUGGAUGAGCUGGACCUGGUGCAGGCUGUGCGGGAGUGGGCGCACGUCAGCUCGGCUGUCCUGGAGCGUCCAGUGCCGGAGGUGGCUGCCCUGCCCGUGAGGGAGCUGCGCCUGCCCUUGCUGGCACCCAGCGAACUGGUGACACUGGAGAGCUACAACCAGCAGGACCUCCUCAUCCCGGUGGAGAACAUCGCGGCAGCCUGGCGUGCCCACGCGCUGAGGAAGGGCAGUGGGGUGCCCUCCCGCCUCUGCCGUCCUCGCCGCGGCACGCGGCCCCGCGACCACCACCGUCACCUCGAGCCACACGCCAAGUAGGGGCUGGGCAGUGAGUUUUGUCCAGCCCAGCCGGGGACUCUGCAGCAGGGCAAGAGCACUGAUAAGGCAAAGCAUCACUUUGUCACACGUCACAGUGUCAGGGCCUGGCCAAAAGUGAUGCAGGGGCUGGGGAUAGGGUGGAGCUGGGCUAUGUGAUGGGUGCAGGGACACUGCAGGCUGCCCAGGCAGUGAUCCCAGGGUGGUGGGGCUGCAGAGAUCCCUGCAGCGAUCCCUGCGGGAUAGGGACCCAAGAUGAGCUCCCUCUUCCCCGGGGCCGUGCUGCCCUCCCCCGGCAGCGGGGCCGUGCUGCAGCGGGAGAGAGCAUCAGCACCUGCCCGGGCAGGGUCACGGGAACCCGGGGGCUUGGAGGGGGUGCAGGUAGGAGGGGACACAUGGGCAUCCGCUGCACCGACAGGCUCCCACCCCCCAACCACGCCAAGCCCUGCCAGCAGGCCACACACACGCAGGACAGGCUGCCAGCCCCCCAUGUGCCACACACACAGCCUGCAGCCCCCCUUGCAUCCCCCCACUGCGUGUGUGCACACAGCUGGGUCUGUCUCAGGCACACAAUCCUCCCCUUCCAGCUGUGUUCCCCAGGAGAAAGGGCCGGACACGGCAAGUAAUUUAUAUAUAAUAUAUAUAUUUACUCUUUAAAAAUAAACCUUCGGUCCCCACUACCGCCUGUACAAACUACAAAAAUAAACCUUUGCUCUCUUUGAUAU